AUGGGCUCUCGUGGGAGAGGAGGCCAUUUCAGAGGCAAAGGAGGGAGGGGAGGGCGAGGGGCAAGAGGCAGAGGAAGAGGAGGAUCAAAUCGAUGGGGACCACCAACAAGACGAUUCGACAAUGCACGCUUGGCAGAGAAAGAAGAAGAGGCCGGGUCUGAGCCCGACGUCGAUGAUUCUCAAGACGAGGGCAGUGCACCUGCUGAGGAGGACAGCGGCUCCGACGACGAGGAUGAUGCGCCUGCCGUCCGCCCAUACAUGGCCUUGCUGCAGAGCUUCAAGGAAUCCAGCGGGCCCAAGGCUAAGAGAAGGAAAUUGGAACACGACCAAUCUCCAGCCGCAGCCGCAGCCGCAUCCGCAGCCGCAGCCGCAUCCGCAGCCGGAGACGGCAGAGACGAGAGCAUGGACGAGGCCAGUGGUGAAGAGCCGCGGGACAUUGAUGAAGCGGACGAGGCCGAGGAUGCCGAGGACCAAGAGGAGCAGCUUGAAGACGAGCCAGACUCCGAAGACGAGCAGCUCUCGGAUCCCUUCGACGCCCACUUUGCGCACCCGGACGAUGCAGAAGUUGGCAGAGCCAUCACGGCUAUCAAGAAGGAGGAAUGGGUCACAAACAGGGCGCUCGUCCAAUCUCUUUGGGCGAGCACCAUGUCGGCAGGCUCAGGAAGCAAGCUUGGCACCCCCGCGCCCUGCGGCUACGAGGGGCUGAGGUUGAAGCAGAAGCUGCAAGAGGCGGCUUUGAAGAAGAUGGACAAGCUGGAUGCUACGCAGCAGGCAAUUCUUCCAUGGCUGUUUGAAUACAAGGACAUUCUCUACUGCGACAGAACGGUCAAGAAUUCCACAACCUUGCGACAAGCUGUUUGUCUGCAUGCGCUGAAUCACGUAUUCAAGACGCGCGAUCGCGUCAUCAAAAACAACCACAGACUCGCCAAAGAGGGCGAGGACGCAGAGCUAGAGCUUCGCGACCAAGGCUUCACCCGGCCCAAAGUUCUUUUCCUGCUGCCAACCAGAAACUCGUGCGCCAAAAUCGUCGGCAUCAUCCGCGAUCUGUGUGAUCCGGAUCAGCAGGAGAACCGCAAGAGGUUCGAGGACUCGUACAUUGACGAGGAGAACAGCUUUGGCCAUGACCGUCCGGACGAUUUCAAACAUCUGUUUGAGGGCAACGACGACGACAUGUUUCGGCUGGGAUUCAAAUUCACCCGCAAGACCAUCAAGUACUUUUCGCAGUUUUACAGCUCGGACAUCCUGUUUGCCAGCCCCCUCGGUCUCCGGAUGGCGAUUGGCUCCGAAGAGGACAAGGAGAAGAAGAAGAAGAAGAAGAAGCCCGACUGCGACUUUCUCAGCUCCGUCGAGAUGGUCGUCGUCGACCAGGCCGAUGCGCUGCUCAUGCAAAACUGGGAGCACGUCGAGUACAUCUUUGAGCAUCUCAACCUGCAGCCCAAGGACGCGCACGGCUGCGACUUUAGCCGCCUGCGGAGCUGGUACCUGGAAGACUGGGCCAAGUUCUUCAGGCAGACGGUGGUCCUGUCGGCUUUCAACACGCCCGAGCUGGCCGAGCUCCAGCGACGCCACUGCCACAACUGGGCCGGCAAGGUCCGCCUCCAGCCCGAGUACCCGGGCGUGAUCCAGCAGCUCGGCGUCAAAGCCAGGCAGACCUUCUCCCGGUUCCAGUCCAGCUCUGUGGACAAGGACCCGGACGCCAGGUUCGCGUACUUUGUGUCGGCCGUCGUGCCCACGCUGGUCAAGAGAGCCAGGGACGCCACCGGCACGCUGCUCUUCAUCCCUUCCUACCUCGACUUUGUCCGCGUGAGGAACUACUUUGCCAACUCGGCCACCAUGAGCAGCGUCACCUUUGGCGCCGUGUCCGAGUACACCGACGUGCCCGACGCGUCGAGGGCCCGCUCGCAUUUCCUGUGCGGCCGCCACCGCGUGCUCCUGUACACGGAGCGCGCCCACCACUUCCGGCGCUAUCAGCUGAGGGGGGUUGAGCGCGUCGUCUUCUACGGCUUGCCCGACAACCACGUCUUUUACCGCGAGGUGGCGGGCGAUUUCCUGAGCAGGAGCGAGCAGGACCUCAAGGUUGAGCCCGGGCGGGGGGCUGUGAGGGUCAUGUUUUCCAAGUACGACGUGAUGAAGCUGGAGAGGAUUGUUGGAUCCAGACGGGUGGCAAAGAUGAUUCAGGAACGUGGCGACACGUUUGACUUUUUGUAG